UUCUCGCAAUCUUUCUCAAGGCUAUUCUACUUGGUAUAGGUUUAGAAGAGUUUUUAGUGGCUCAAUUUCCAUGUAAUUUUGCUUCCUGUCUUCAUAUUUUGGUUGUUGAUUAUAACAACCUAUUAUUGCAUAUUGCGCGUUAACCCUAACAGUUCAUGCAAAGUGGAAUCGCAGAUGGAAGCAGUGAAGGUUGAAGAUUUUGGGCCUGAAUCAGAAGUGGAGGAUUUAGGGCGAUAUGUUGAUAAAAUAUCCACCAUUGUCAAUGGGCUCGAGAAAAGGGUCAAUGAUGUUGAACAUCUGUACUUGACUACGGACAAUAUGGAGUUGACUGUUACCAAAUGUAAUUCAGCUUGUAAGGAAAAAGUCAAGGAAAAACAGCUUACCGGCAUUGAGAAGCGGCGGCAAGAAGCAUCACAUAGAGAAGCUGCUUCUAUGAAGAGAAUGCAGGAACUUAUGCGCCAAUUUACCACAAUUUUACGGCAGAUAACACAGCACAAAUGGGCACAUCCUUUUAUGCAUCCAGUUGAUGUUGAAGGUCUUGGGUUGCAUGACUAUUAUGAGGUAGUUCAGAAGCCUAUGGACUUUGGUACAAUAAAAAGCAAGAUGGAGGCUAAGGAUUGUACUGGGUACAAGAAUGAGAAAAGACUGGUCGAGGAGGAAGCAAAAGCAGAGCUAGAUGUGAAGCUGGCACAAGAGAUAGUUCAUUCUAACAUGGCCAAAGAGUUGAGCAACGAACUUUGUGCGGUCGAUUUGCAAUUGGAGAAACUCAGACAGAUAGUCAUUCAGAAAUGCAGGAAAAUGCCGACUGAAGAGAAAAAGAAACUUGGGAUGGCUCUCACCCGAUUGUCUCCUGAAGAUCUUAGUAAGGCUCUUGAGAUCGUUGCUGAGAACAAUCCAGGCUUUCAACCAACAGCACAAGAGGUGGAUCUUGAUAUAGAUGCACAGAGUGAAUUAACUUUGUGGAGAUUAAAGUUUUUUGUUCAAGACAAAUUAAAACAUGCCGGAAAGUGCUCUGAAGUUGUGGACUGCAACAAUAUAAAUAAUAAUGAGAAUACCGUCAAGAGCAACUCCAAAAGAAGAAGAGAGAUGUCUGAUGCUCUUACGAAGAAUGCCAUAAAGAGAAAUAGGAAGCUCUCUCCCAACUCAUGAGCUUCAGGUAAGUAUUAUACUGUUUGUCCUUCGGUUAACCAUUGAAGUUGCCCAGUGUCUGAAUAUUAUUGUUAAAUGUAAUGUGGUAGUGAGAAUUGGAGUUAUGGUGGUGGCAGAACUCGUUACAACUAUGUGAAGGGUACAUAAAUUUUUAUUACAGUCCCCUGUAUAUUUCUUUUCCUUUUUACCUUGUCAUAAAAUUGAAGGGUAAAUAAUGAUAUGCAUUUUGUAUUU